CUGCCGAAAAUAUCGUUAAUCUCUCAGACAGCAAUCUUUACGUGGAAACCGUCGAGGAGACGAGUGUUCGAACGGCACGAUAGCAGAACAAGUGACAAAUUUCCUGAGACAGGGAUAAGUCAACAGUGCUCAAAAAAUAAACUGACACAGAGAGGAAAAUUGUUAUUCCUGGAAACAAGAAAAUCGCAACAGUUACCAACAAUGAACGAAACCACAACAGAGAUCGUGAGCGCGUUGAUCAACAUCACGAGUGAAGCAGGAUGCACGCGAGAAGUGUUGGAUUUCGAACCGUCGGCUACAGAGUUUCUGGAAGCGCUGGGCAUCGCGGGCUGGGUGUUGCUGGGCAUGGCAACGAUCGCCUUCGUGACGCUGGUCGGCCUCCUGGUGGACACCCUUCGCCACGUGGUGAGCCACUGUCACCCGCGCCACAAGGCCACCACCUGCGUCGUGCUCUCCGUCUACCCGGUCAUCGGGCUGUGCAGUUACCUGGGCUUGUUAUUCCAAAAGGCUAACAUGUUUCUGGACGCGACGGCUCAGCUGUGGUUCGCGCUGUGCAUGUGGCAGUUCCUUCAGCUGACGCUCUCCUACUUCGGUGGUGAGUCUCGCUUCGUCAGAAAGAUGGAGGGGACGAUGCUGCCCUGGAAGGGGCCGCCCUGCUGCUGCUGGCCCUUGCUGCGUCUGCUGCCCCAAGUCGACGGUCAUCAAACCACAGAUUCGGAUGGUAAAGAUUCUGGUGAUGCAGCAUCCUUGGGUCCAGCUCAUCAUCUCCAUCUUCCAAGUUACGCUCUGGAUCGAGGGCUGGUACACGCACAUGGACAUGCGGCCCAACAACGCCUAUAUCUACAUCUACCUGGUGACGACCAUUUCCUUUUUCUUCGGUCUGUGGGCCUUCAUUGUAGGAUUCAAGGCGUCUCUGCGGCAACUGCAGGAGUUCCACUACACGCCCAAGAUCAUCGCCUUCCAGCUGACGCUCGUUUUCCUACGACUCCAGGCCAUCAUCGUCAAUUCCAUCCUGGUGCCAUCAGGGGCCAUCCCGUGCCUGCCGCCCAUCUCGCCCAAAGUCUUCGCCAACACUUUGCUCAACUCCCUCCUCCUGGGGCAGUUGGUGAUCCUGUCGGUGCUCGCUCGCCACUAUUAUAAGAUGCCCACGCCGGAGAUCGUCAGCCUGGCCAAGGGCACCGACGAGAAGGCAAGCGGGGUCGUUAGCAAUGGCUGCCUGAUCGAGGCUCCGGCCAGCCCAGCAGAAGCCAAGCCGGCCCCUUCGGCAGGAAGCAACAGAGAAGCUACGAGACUUCUGGACGACUGCAGCCCCGAAGUGUGAUGCGCACGGGCAGAGUCGCCAGGACGCGCAAAAUGAAUCCGCGUCUCUGCGGAGGUUUUAUCACACUGGUCAUUCCUGUGAUUCUUAUAGCUAAUAGGACUGUAAAUAUAUGUGAACAUAUAUCAUACAUAUAUACUCACACACACACACACACACACACACACACACACACACACACACACACACACACAC